ACCCGAUUGGAUCCUUAUUAAGCAGCUUACCUACUGAGCAAGGAAGUAAAUAACCAACCUCUAGAAGGUCAUUUUCGUCUUUUUAAAUUAAUAAAUCGCCCACUCUACUCCACUCUCCCUCACUGCAACGAAACAGUGUUCCUUCACGGUCAUACACGUUACCUCUCUCCUUACCAUCUCUCUCUAACAAUUUUCCCGGGAAAAUAGAGGGGAAAAUUCUCAGUCAGGUAGGGUUUAGGGUUUCUGUUACAAAUCGCGAAAAUGUCUCAGACGGGGAAAUUGAUGCCGAAUCUGGAUCAGCAGAGCACUAAGAUGCUCAAUCUGACAGUUCUUCAGAGAAUCGAUCCCUUCAUUGAAGAGAUUCUGAUCACGGCUGCCCAUGUCACUUUCUACGAGUUUAAUAUUGAGAGCAAUCAGUGGAGUAGAAAAGACGUUGAAGGAUCUCUGUUUGUCGUUAAGAGGAAUACUCAACCCCGGUUUCAGUUCAUUGUAAUGAAUCGGCGAAAUACAGAAAACCUUGUGGAGAAUCUAUUGGGAGAUUUUGAGUAUGAAGUUCAAGUGCCAUAUUUAUUGUAUCGAAAUGCAGCCCAAGAAGUAAAUGGUAUUUGGUUUUACAAUUCACGUGAGUGUGAGGAAGUUGCCAAUCUCUUUAAUAGGAUACUUAAUGCCUACGCAAAGGUUCCUCCAAAGCCAAAGGUGUCUUCAAGCAAAAGUGAAUUUGAGGAGCUUGAAGCAGUUCCAAGCAUGUCAGUAAUUGAAGGUCCACUGGAGCCUUCAUCAACUGUCUCCCCAGAAGAUUCGUCAUUUGAGAAUUUCUUUAGUGCAGCUAUGAAUAUUGGAAGCAGCGCCCCUAAUUUAGCAAAUUCAAGACAGUCUUAUCAUUCUUCAGCCACUGUCUCGCCAUCCUCCCAUACACCUAAUGUUGUUUCCCCUCCUUCACAAACUCCACAAGUACCAUCAUCCCUUCCACUUUCAUCUUUGCGUACUUCAGUGGCCAUCCACGACACUCCUGAUCCAGUCAGCAGCAGUAAUCGAGUCACUAAUCUUGUGAAGCCGUCAUUUUUUACUCCACCUUCUUCAUCUGCAUUGAUGCCUCCACCUCUCUCUUCACCUGUGCCUACUGCUCCUGCUCUUCAUUCUCAUCUUAAUCUGCAACGCCCAUAUGGCAUUCCAGUGCUUCAACCCUUUCCACCUCCCAAUCCAUCAUUAUCUUUGACUCCUAGUUGUCUUGCUACUGCACCUGUUAUUCACAGAGAAAGAGUUCGUGAUGCACUUUUGACGCUGGUUCAGGAUGAUCAAUUCAUUGACAUGUUUUAUCAAGCACUGCUAAAGGUGCAUCAUUCUUGAGGUACUGGAGAGACGUAGCAGCCUUUCCUUUGGCAGAUCUUAUCAAGUACAAAAUACAUGCUUGUAACUCGAGUUUGGUGUACAGCUCUAUUCCAUAGAAAUAAUGGUGGCAUAACUCUCCUUAAUGCGCUUGUUCAUAUUUGACGUGAGGUUGCAAGGUUGGAAGGGAUUUAUAUACUCUUUGUUGGUUCAGUAUUCUGGUGUCUCCCAUGCAGUGGAAUGUUGUAGCAGUAGAAAUAGAAGUUUCAUAAUCUCAAGUCUCAACAAUUCAUUGCAGUUUUUCAGGCUCUGUAUUAUUGUACCAAUUGGGUCCGAGUAUGUGUUGGUAGGAAUUGAGGACAAUGUGUAAGAAAUGAUGUUUGUCUCUGCUGUCUCUGUCUGUCUAUCUUUUUUUUUUUUUUUUAAUACAUAUAUAAACUUUGUAAGGUCCCUUGGAUCCUGAAGGAGGUUAUUGAAAAAGGAGGAUUGAAUUUAAUUAGGUCA